AUGCGUGGCUUUGCGACGCUCUUGACUGCUCUGGCCGUUGUUCCAUUGGCGUUUGCUCAGACGACGCCAGCCUGCGCGUCAAAUUGUGCUCCUCAAGUCGCCCAACAAGCUGGCUGUGGCACGACGUCGAACACGACUUGCGUCUGCCAGACCUCAGCGCAGACGUUCUUCAAUCUUGCAGGGCAAUGCCUCGGUUCACUGUGCUCGACCACCGAUCUCCCUCAAGCCGAGGCGUUCUUUGAAGCUUUGUGUGCAGGUGCCGCCUCAACAGGUUUACCAGUCUCGUUCUCUUCCACGCUCCUCGUCCCAAACCCGUCAUCCACGCCCUCAACCUCCGCGGCCUCCAGUACUGCACCCGCCUCUUCUUCCGCAGCAUCAUCUUCUGCCGCGUCGUCUUCCUCGGCUGCCGCAUCGUCUUCUGCGGCUUCAUCGGCGUCGAGCGUCGCAUCUAGCGCCGCGUCUUCGGCAUCGGUGUCAGCAACGUCAGCCGCGGCGAGCUCGACCGGCUCUGCGACACUCAUCAGCCCCAGCGGUUCGCCCUCCGCAUCUGCGCCGGCCGCGAGUACCACUUCUGCCGCAGCUCCUGCAAGGAACGCUGUGAACCAGGGCGUGCUGUUCGCCGCAUUCGGCGCGAUCGCUGCGUGGGCAGCGGCGUAA